AUGUGGGCCUUUGAUUUCAAUGGAGGCUGUGUGAGGUCCUGUGUCUUGAAAUGCCUGCUCCCCCCCUCUCACCCUUGCGUGUCUCUGUCUCUUGCAGGUUAUUCAGUUCAGGUCAUCAGAUCCCGGGGGCAAAGCAGCUAUGUGGUUGGGGCCCCUCGCCACAAUCACAUUGGCAAAGUCAUUCUAUUCAGUCAAGAUUCCAAGCGUGGAGGAUGGCAGGAGGAAACCGAGGUGCUGGGAGAGCAGGUCGGCUCAUAUUUCGGGGGCACACUGUGCGCUGUGGACCUCAACAGAGAUGGGAACACGGACCUGGUUCUGAUCGGAGCCCCCAUGUACUAUACACCCCUGAAUGGAGGGCGCGUCUAUAUCUGCCAGAUUAACCAGCAGGGGACGAUGCAAAAGAUCUGCACCGAGAUACUGCAGGGGCAGACAGGGCAGGUGUUCGGGCACUUUGGGGCCAGCAUGUCUGAAAUCGGGGACAUCAGCGGGGACAGACAGAUGGACGUGGCCAUCGGGGCUCCCAUGGAGAAUGACAAUCGCGGGGCCUUGUACAUCUUCCAUGGGGAAAAAAGAGGCCUCAGUCCCCAGUACAGACAGCGCAUCGAGGGGUCACUGUUCCCCAGCAGGCUGCACUACUUUGGCCGGGCCGUCAGUGGCGGGACAGACCUGACUGGCGAUGGGCUGCCAGACAUCGCGGUGGGAGCACAAGGGCAGGUCCUGCUGCUGAGAGCCCACGUAGACGGGACAAGUUCGUGCGUAGGGUUGCUCUUCCUAGAGGGGCUCCCGUUUCAGAAGGACUGUGGCACAGAUGGCCACUGCGAUGACCAGUUAGAAAUCUCCUUCAAUUUCUCUAGCUUGAGCACCCUGGUGGUGGGGGUCACCCCUGAACUCAACACCACCGUCUCCAUCCAGAACCGUGGGGAGAAUUCCUACAGUACCAGGGUGCAGUUCUUCUACCCGGCUGCGCUGUCCUACCGCCGGGUCCUGCUGCUCCAGUCCAACAGGAGAGCCAUGGCUGUUAAGUGCAGCUCGGCCGUGGGCUCCGAGGAGCAGACUCAAAGGACCAGCACCUGCCACAUCAACCACCCCAUCUUCUGGAGCGGGGCUGAGGCCGUCUUCGUCGCCACCUUCGACGUCUCCUCUGAGGCCGACCUGGGGGACAGGCUGCAGAUCACAGCCAACGUCAGCAGUGACAAUGGCGGCCCCACCACCGAGCGCAUGAGUCACCGGGCGGAGCUGCCGGUCAAGUACGGCAUCUUCAUCAUCCUCACCAGCCUUGAGGAGUCGACCAAGUACGUCAACUUCUCCAAGGAGGCAGGGACAAGUGUGCCAGUGACACAUCGGUACGAGGUCAAGAACCUGCGGCAGCGAAGCGUCCCCAUCUCGGUCACGUUCCAGUUCCCUGUGGAGCUGAGUGGGGUCCGGGUGUGGGACGCCUCUGAGGUCGUCCCCUCCAAGCCCCAGCUGGCUCAGUGCACCAGUGAGGCUGAAACUCCUGGUUCAGAGGACUUUGUGAAGCAGAUGAGCGAGCGCCCCCUGCUGGACUGCUCCGUGGCCACCUGUAAGAAGAUCCUGUGCAAAAUCGCCUCCCUGGAAAUGCAGCAGCCGCUGGAGUUCAUGAUCAAAGGGAACGUCAGCUUCCAGUGGGUCUCCCAGACUCAGCAGCAGAAAGUGAGUCUGGUGAGCAAGGCCUGGAUUGAAUACGAGGAGAAGAAAUACACCCAGAAGGAGGGAUUCGUCCAGCGCCAGGUGCAGACGGUGGUGGAGCGCUACGAAGUCUAUAACUACCUGCCCAUCAUCGUGGGCAGCAGUGUGGGGGGCCUGGUCCUGCUGGCUCUCAUCACCGCAGCCCUCUACAAGUUUGGCUUCUUCAAGCGCCAGUACAAGCAGAUGAUGGAGGAUGGUGUGGAGGGUGAGGGGCCUGGCCCGACCCAGAGCGCUGCCGCUGGAAACCCCCCUGCUUCCGAUGCCCCCAAACAAUAGCCCCAUGUGCCAACGCCCCCGGCUUUGCCUCCCUCUGGGCUGCUCCAGAUUCACCCCUGCCCCCUUAUGUUGCCACCUCCAAGAUGCAGAGAGACCGGCCACUGUCCACCCUCCCACCAACAAAGCACGUCCUAGUGCCAACUGGAGCCAAUCGUUACUCAAGUUAGGCUUGGUUGAAUUCUAUUGAUCUUUUUAUAACUUUGAUGGAGAAUUAUCCAACGUAAUUAUCCUGAAAGCAGCCCCAGUGACACCGGUAUUACCACAAGUUUUAUACACAUUAAGGUGGGACUCUAAUAAGUUCUCCUGCAACAAUUUUUGUUCCUUGUCUAGAGGCACAAUUUGAUUACCAAUGGAAAUAUUGUGUCGUUGGUUUGUGUGUGUGUGUGUGUGUGCGUGCAGUGAAACUGGUGUUUGUUGACAAUUACCCUCUGCCCAACCUCCUCAUCUAAUUCACUAUUCCUGAAGUGAGAAAGGAAGUAUUCGCUGGACACUGAGGAAGUGAGCCUGACCUACACGGUUUGGUCUGGAAGGCUGCUGAAAGCAUGUGGUGAGAAACUUUGGUUGAAUCUGAUACAGUUUUGGUAAGUUAGGCACUAGUAAACAUUUCAUAUUUUAUUUUCUUUGUAACUAUUCCUGACUUUUAUGCCUCAUUUCUUGGACUCACUUGAAAUCUCUCUGUGCUUAAUAAACUUGUUUUAUUUUA